GAUCCUGUUAAAGAGGGAAAGGAUUACUUCAUGUCGAUAGGCACAUUAUGUACAGUGAUGGUGAUCGCAAGACUCUCUCUGAGCUCCAACGUGAAGUCGAAGUGACCCGGACUCAAAUAUCCGAAGCGAUUUCUCAACUGGAGGAAAUAAAAAAAGCUACUGCAAAGACUCAAUUUUCUAUUGACCAAAUGUUUCGGAUCUUUACUCGCGAGGCAAAAACAGAAGAAGAGAAAAAGAACCUUAUUGACGUUCUUAUGACCAAUUCACCUGAGGUUUAUAUCGAGUGUGUUCCUUUGUUGCCCAUCGCAACUGCUAUUGCCAAUGGUCGCAUGACGAAUGCGCGUAGCAUAUUUGCGGCAAACAAUCCCUUUAUUAAUGAUGGAUGUCUUAUUUACUUUAUCCAUGUUCUCCGUUUUUCACCGCAGGCAACUCAGAUCGAUUAUGUCGAUAUAAGUGGGACGGCUGUGACGGAAAAAGGUAUCUGCUUUAUGCUUGAAAUGAUGUAUGAACGUGAAAGUGCUUUUACAUUAGUUGCUAAGAAUGUGAGUAUUCCGUCGGGUACAGCUUCCGCAGAAUACUGUAGUAGAUAUUCAACUGCACUAAGCGUAGUCAGAAAUAAAAAGACGUGUCAACUCAUUUUGGAUUAGAGUUUUGGGUUUUUACUAAAGAUAGAUCCUUGU